AUGUUCGCUAGCAUUAAGUUACUAACUUCAGGCAAUGUCUUCAUUGGAGCCAAGAUCUUCUCUGUUACCUCUCAGAGAAACUACAAAGUGGCGGUAGUGGGUGCCUCCGGCGGUAUCGGCCAGCCCCUCAGUUUACUACUGAAGUUAAACAGCCUCGUCUCUCACUUGGCUCUCCAUGACAUCGCACCCAUUACCCCUGGUGUAGCCGUUGACUUGUCUCACAUUAACACACCAUGCAGAGUCACAUCGCACAAGGGUCCAGAACAACUUGCUGAGGCGAUUAGAUGUGCCAGCGUAGUAGUGAUUCCGGCCGGAAUACCUCGGAAGCCGGGUAUGUCGCGAGACGAUCUCUUUAAAACAAAUGCGGGUUUGAUACGGGAUAUAGCAAAAGCGGUCGCACGGAACUGUCCUCAAGCUAUCCUAGCUAUCGUUACAAAUCCUGUUAACUCAACAGUGCCGGUCGCUGCAGAAAUUUUAAGAAUAGAAGGUGCAUAUGACGGAAGGCGGGUGAUGGGUGUGACCACAUUGGACGUCGUCCGAUCCUGUACAUUCAUUGGCGAACUGAAUGGGGUAGACCCUACACUCGUGUCCGUACCAGUGAUCGGUGGCCAUUCUGGGAGUACCAUUAUUCCCUUGUUCAGUCAAUCCUCUCCCAUACCUAACGUAUGCAGCCUGGCAGAUAUAAGAGCACUGACUACAAGGGUUCAGGAAGCGGGCAGCGAGGUUGUGCAGGCGAAAGCUGGCGGCGGUUCAGCUACUCUGUCUAUGGCGUUUGCAGCGGCGAAGUUCACUUCAUCAGUACUCAGGGCUCUAUCUGGUGAAAAGAAUAUCGUGGAAUGCGCAUAUGUGGCGUCCGGUUUGUGCGCACCAGCAUUCUUCGCUAACCCUGUGCUACUUGGCCAGUAUGGUGUGGAAAGAAAUCUAGGAUUUAACUGUAUUAGCCCCUUCGAAACGGAAAUAUUAAGAAAUGCAAUGCCAGAGCUCCUAAAGAAUAUACAAACCGGUUAUGAAUUUGUAUAUCGUAGAAAUAGGUAA